CAUGGCGUCGCCGUCCAGCCAGGGUCCGACAGAGAGCCUCCGAAGUACUAAAGUACGGGAAAUGUCUGCUCACACAGCCAGAGUCCACUCGGUGGCGUGGAGCUGUGACGGCGAGAGACUUGCUUCUGGCUCCGUUGAUAAAACUGCGGGCGUUUUUAUGCUCGAGAAGGACCGUUUGGUGACAGAGCACAACUACAGGGGUCACAGUGACAGUGUGGAUCAGCUGUGCUGGCACCCCACCAACCCAGAUCUCUUCGUCACUGCGUCCCUUGACAAGUCCAUCCGCAUUUGGGAUGUCCGCACAACCAAAUGUGUCGCGGCAGUGAAUACAAAAGGUGAGAACAUCAACAUCUGCUGGAGCCCCGACGGCCAGACCAUCGCUGUAGGUAACAAAGAUGAUGUGGUGUCCUUCGUGGACACCAAGACGCAUCGGUUCAGAGCGGAGAAGCAGUUCAAGUUCGAGGUGAACGAGAUCUCCUGGAACAACGACAACGACAUGUUCUUCCUCACCAACGGGAACGGCUGCAUCAACCUUCUGAGUUAUCCAGAUCUGAAGCCCAUCCAGUCCAUCAAAGCUCACCCCUCCAACUGCAUCUGCAUCAAGUUCGACCCCACGGGGAAGUACUUUGCUACAGGAAGCACCGACGCUCUGGUCAGCCUGUGGGACGUGGACGAGCUGGUGUGCGUGCGCUGCUUCUCACGACUGGAGUGGCCAGUGAGGACUCUAAGCUUCAGCCACGAUGGGAAGAUGUUGGCGUCGGCAUCUGAGGAUCACUUCAUCGACAUAGCAGAUAUAGAAACAGGAGGAGAGCCCCCCCAAACUUCCUCCUCAGUUAGUGGUUCACUGUCUCCGUCUCUGCAGGGGAGAACCUCUGGGAGGUCCAGUGCGACUCCCCCACCUUCACAGUGGCCUGGCACCCCAAGAGGCUACUGCUGGCGUACGCCUGCGACGUCACGGACGGUAAGUACGACAGCAGCCGUGACGUGGGGAUGGUCAGACUCUUUGAAUUUCCAAAUCACACCUGACAAUGAUACAUGAGUCUUUCCGCCGGCAGGAGGCGCUGCCGUUUCACAGAGAAACGGCCUCCCUUGCUUUUGUAACUCCAGCUGGACUUUCAAAAGUACUAAGUAGAAACAUUUUGUUCCGCUACACAAGUGCCCUUAUCGCUUUUGAGCUUUAUUUUAUGGGUAUAAACAUGGUGCCGUGUGACAAAGGUGGAACAGCUCAGGGUCAACGCAGUUCAGUUGGUGAAUUAUAGUUUAGUCUCAUUGAUUGAGGAUGGUUUUUUUUUACGUCUGUUUUGUUAGGAUUCAUUUCACUCUUGAAGGCUGCUAGCAGUCUGUGCUUGUUCUGAUAGUCCAUCUUUGUUUUAGACAAAGUGAUAAACAACUUUUUUUGACCCCCAGAAUUGCUGGAUUUCACACUGGUCAUGACUGUUGAGCUCAACGUGUGAUUUUCAUUAAUUUUUUUUAAGUGAUUUAUUUUUUAAUUUGUUCAUGUCAUGUUCUAAUGUUGUUCUCUUUGUAUAACUUAUUUUUUGCGUUAAAAAAAAAAAUACAGUGGCCAUAUUUCAGUAUUCACACCGUAAUGAAUGUGACUUUUUUCUCCCCUCAUAUUUUCUCACUCUUCACCUCGUAAAGUUUUUCCACUGUCAACUCAAUUUUUUUAUUGAUAUUUUUCUUUGUUGUGAUCUGAAGUUCAUUUGUUUCUUGAAUGUUGCUUAUUAAAAAAGUUACCCCGCCUAAAUAAAAAUGUAAUUCUAUAGUGUAAA